AUGAGCACAGGAAAACUUGUUCAGAAUGGCGUACCAGAUAUUGGUCGACGGAUUCAAGGAAAGGUGCUGGUGAUUGCGGGCUCGGACAGCUCGGGUGGAGCGGGCCUGGAAGCGGACCAAAAAGUCAUUGCGGCUCAUGGCUGCUAUGCCAUGACUGCCACCACAGCAUUGACAGCACAGAACACCACAGGUGUGAGUGGCAUACAUCAUGUGCCUCCUGAGUUUGUACGAAAGCAAAUCGACGCUGUAUUCCAAGACAUUCGGCCAGAUGUUGUUAAGACAGGCAUGCUGGCAUCUGCACCAACUAUUGAGAUGUUGGCCAGAGCAUGUGAAGAGCACGAUGUCAAGAAGCUUAUUCUGGAUCCGGUCAUGGUAGCGACAACAGGCGCCGUCCUUCUACAGCCAGAGGCUGUGGAAUACCUGCGAACGCUGCUACUACCACGAACAUUCAUCGUCACACCUAACAUCCCAGAGUCCAAGCUCCUACUCUCCGACGCUGGCAACGAGCCUACAGAAAUCCAUAAUAUUGAUGAUCUUGAGACGCUGGCCCGAGAAACACAGAAGCUUGGACCGGAAUGGAUUUUGAUCAAAGGCGGCCACGUGCCUUUCAAGAAAGACGGAACUGUUGCCAGGUCACCCGAAGAAAAAGAAUUGAUUGUCGAUAUCCUGUUCGGUGAGGGCAAAAUUACGCGGUUUGUGAGCCCGUACCAGGAUUCGAGGAAUACCCAUGGGACGGGUUGUUCCUUGGCCUCGGCCAUUGCAUCAAACAUCGCAAGAGGAUUGGCACCUGUGGAGGCCGUAAGAGCAGCCUCGCAGUAUGUUGAAGCAGGUAUCCGAACGGCUCCUGACUUUGGGCAAGGCAACGGCCCGCUGAACCAUUUUCAUUCGGUAUACACGCUGCCGUUCACACCUGGCCGCUUCAUCGACUAUCUACUCAGUCGUCCAGACGUCGCGCCAGUAUGGCACGAAUUUGUCAAUCACCCCUUUGUGCUGGCCAUGGGUAGUGGCAAAUUGCCCCUGGAAUCUUUCAAGAACUACCUGAUUCAGGACUACCUCUAUCUUGUCCACUUUGCACGAGCGAAUGCUUUGGCUGCAUACAAGGCGAAGAGCAUUGCGGACAUUGCCGCGGGCGCAAAAAUUGUCACACACAUCAACACGGAAAUGUCUCUCCAUCUGGACUACUGCGCCGGAUUCGGUAUUCCAAGGGCUGAGAUCGAAGCCACGGAGGAGCAGCAGGCUUGCACGGCAUACACGCGGUACGUGCUCGAUAUCGGGCAGUCUGAGGACUGGCUUGGUCUGCAGGUCGCUCUGGCGCCGUGCCUUCUGGGCUAUGGCGCCAUCGCGCAGCUGCUACACGAAGACGAGAAGACGGUUAGAGAGGACAACACAUAUUUCAAGUGGAUUCUGAACUAUAUCGCUGAGGACUAUACCACUGCCGUACAGACGGGGAGGGAGCUGAUGGAACGCCAUGCGUUAGAUCAGAGCCCGAAGAGGGUUGACGAAUUGGUGAAAAUUUUUAUCCAUGCUACAAAGAUGGAAAUUGGAUUCUGGGAGAUGUUCCCUUAUGAGUAA